AUGGCGGAUAUCGACUUGAAGGAGAUAGCGGCCCAGGUCUUCGAAGACGCUCUACAGCGCAUCAUCCAUAACACAGUUAUACAGCAGCAUCGCGCACACAAGCUGAUGCUCGCAUCCCUCGACCCGACCAGCAAGCUCCCACACUGCAAGACCUGCCGUCUUCCUCAGCAGCUGGACCCGCCUCUUGCUCCCAGAGUGCGAGGCGUGACUACGGAGCCUUCUUCGAGCACUCAGUACUGUGAGCGAAGACCCUGGGCGAGGAGACCCGGGCACGACAUCUACGAUAAUCCUUUCCCCAAGGCCGAUGCAACUGGACGCCCGCCUACGAAGAAAGAGCGAGAAGCAGCAAAGGCAAAAGUAACAGACGGCACACCUGCUAGCGAAGAAGCUGGUGGGCAGAAUGGGACUGGUCCGCCGAGUCCGAGCGAGAACGGAGAGAUUACGACGAAGAAGGGCGAGAAGAAGGCUUCCAAGAUCGAUGAAAAAGGCAUGUAUUCCACUGUUAGACACCCAGAUUUGACUCAGUACACUAACUUUGUUCUAUUGAAAAGUGGUACCUACGUACCAUGGCAUACAUGUCCGAGCUGCAAGCGUAGUCUGCUUAUUACGCGGUUUGCGAAGCAUUUGGAGCAAUGUAUGGGCCUAUCUGGACGCGCGGCGAGUAGGAACGCUAUGCAGAAGAUGAGCUCGACGCCGGGCGGGAGCAGAGCCGGUACACCAGCACCGAACGGCAGCCAUGACAAGAAUGGUGCCGGGGAUGACGAAGACGAGGAUGAGCUAGCGGUCAAAGGCUCGGGUAGCAUGAAGAAGAAGUUGCUGAAAAAGAGCGUGAACAUCAAGAUGAAGAAGGAUAAAGAGCGCAUGAACGGCACGAGCAAAGCCAACGGCAGCAAACUUGCUGCGAAACGUCCACCGAGUAGCAAUGCUUCGCGGACGAGUCCUGCGCCUUCACAACUCGCGUCGGCGGACAAGAGAGAUCGUGACGAGAUGUUGCUCGGUGACGAGGGCGACGAAGACGAGGGUGCGAUUAGGGUGGCGAAAAGGCAGAAACUGAGCCGAGUUGGCUCGACAGCAAGUUUGAUCAGCGCUGGCGGAUCGGUAGGUAUGGAGAGGCAGGAGUCACAGAACUCGAGUUUUGUUGAUGAUGCGAGCGUGGCCGAUGACUAA